UGAUUGAACUCACUGAUUCAUGCAUAUUUAAUGGUACUAUGAAUGUUCUGCUCUCCCUUCUUCUCUAAUCAUAGCAGACGAAUCAGUUUUGAGGGGUGUUAGCCGUUGCUUCAACUGUGUUGUUUUCCUAUUUGAAGGCAAUGUUUAAUACCAUUGCUCUUCUUUGGCUAGGAAUAGUCUCAAUAAAAUGAAAUGGUCUUUGGUUUUUCGUCUAAUGCUGUUUCCUUUCAUGUUCCUGCACGGUCAAGAUGAAAGUGGCAGCUCCUUUUCCCAUUUAGGGUAUGACAGACUCAACAAGUUCAACAGAAACUGUUCCACGAGCGGUUGCUGAGAAUGGAGUCAGAGAAGUUAGACUAUUAGCAUCAACUGAUGAUGACUACAAUGGUGUUAUGGUUGAAAUGGACGAGCCUAUGGAUCCCGCAAUCUUCGUGCCGAUUCUUAGAGCUUCAAUUUCACAUUGGAGACUGCUGGGCAAGAAAACCGUCUGGAUAAAGUUACCUAUACAUCAAGCCUGUCUUGUUGAACCUCUGGUUAAGGAGGGAUUUCGGUAUCACCAUGCAGAACCAGAGUAUUUAAUGCUUGUAUACUGGCUACCUGAAACUGCAAGUAAUAUUCCGGCAAACGCCACACAUCGUGUAUGUGUUGGUGGAUUUGUCAUGAAUGAAAAACGAGAGAUCUUAGUGGUUCAAGAAAAAAGUGGACCUUUUUGGAUACCUGGAGUCUGGAAAUUCCCCACUGGAUCUGUUGACCAGGGAGAAGAUAUAUGUGCAGCGGUAAUAAGAGAGGUCAAAGAAGAAACAGGAGUAAGUAUUCUGAUUAUGGUACCCAUAAACUGUAGAAGAAGUAAACUCUACACACACACACACACACAUAUAUGCCUAAGUUUUUGUGCCUUUCUCAAUUUGCAGAUUGACACAAAAUUUUUGGAAGUGUUAGCCUUAAGACAAACUCCAAAGUCAUACUUAAUUACGAAGUCAGAGUUAUUCAUCUUGUGCAUGCUGCGCCCCCUUUCUUUUGACAUCCAAGUGCAAGAACAAGAGAUAGGAGCUGCCCAGUGGAUGCCUUUUGAGGAAUAUGCAGCUCAGCGAUUCAAUGAGGAGCACAAGUUUGUGAAGCAGAUGGAUGAAGUGUGCAGGGCAAAGAUGCGCGGCCAUUAUUCUGGGUUUAAUGUAGUUCCUUCAUCUUCACCCUUCCCUGACAGAAAGAGUUUCAUGUACUUGACCUCAAAUGUAAAGAAGAAGAAGAAGAAGAAGAAGAAGAAAAUGAUUCACCCGAAAUGUUAACCAUCAUAAAAAGACUUAAUGAGAGAAAAGGAGGGGACGGAUUUUAGUGGAGUGAAGGGAAAGAGAGGAG